GUCGCAUUCAAUGAAGUCUGGCCGUGACAGAAGUUCUCACUGUAGAAUCAUCUUCUCGAUAUCCCCAAGUCAAACGCAUUCUUGCUGACGCCUCUGUAAUUUGAGGCUCUGUGCUGAGUUCACACCUUUCAUCAACACACCAGGAAUCUUCUCAAGCUAUCCUGUUGCAAUGACGUCGAUAGGUACAGGCUACGAUCUCUCCAACUCCGUCUUCUCACCGGAUGGACGAAAUUUCCAAGUCGAAUACGCUGUCAAAGCAGUGGAAAACGGCGGGACGUGUAUUGGAAUCCGGACAAAGCAUGGGGUGGUCCUGGCGUGCGAGAAGAUCAUUACCUCGAAGCUCCUAAAGCCGGGCUCCAACAAGAGAAUAUCCACGGUCGAUCGGAACGCCGGCAUCGUGACUUCUGGACUAUUACCAGACGGUCGUCACCUCAUCAGCAGAGCAAGAGACGAGGCCAGUAGUUGGAGACAAACAUACAAGGCCCCCAUUCCCAUACACGCUUUGGCGUCAAGAGUAGGGGGAUACGUGCAGGCGUACACCUUGUACUCCAGCGUUCGGCCCUUUGGUGUGACAGCCAUCUUGGGAGGCUGGGAUUCUGAGGCGGAACGCGGUGUAGAUGGCCAAGUCGGAGAAGGUCCCACGUCAGGUGCAGGUGGCAAGCUCGAGGGCGAAGCUGUUAAACGAGGUGGUCCGGGACUUUAUAUGAUCGAGCCUAGUGGGCUCUACUGGGGCUAUUAUGGUGCUGCGACUGGCAAAGGACGGCAAGCUGCGAAAGCUGAGCUGGAAAAGCUUGACCUAGGCUCACCAACCUGCGCCCUUACUCUCAAAGAAGCCGUCAUGGAAGCUGCCAGAAUUAUUUACGUUGCGCAUGAGGACUCGAAAGACAAGGAAUUUGAACUCGAGAUGACCUGGAUCUCGAGCCUCGACGGUCCUACAAAAGGUCGACACGAGCAGGUACCAUCAGAGUUACUCGAAGAGGCCGAGAAAGCGGCUAAGAAGAGCCUGGAAGGAGACGACGAAGACGAGGAGGAAGAGGAUGCCAUGCAGGAAUGAUUGAUUUCGCCUUUCCAGCACUGUAGCAUUACCGGCGUUGGAGACGGGCGAUGGGGCUUCUAGUUGAAAAAAAGAGGCUGGGACCAACCGUCGACGCGAUAUCUAGUUUUGUGGGCUUUUUUCGUCUCUCGCAUAUCAAGGCUAAACACCAGAGAGACCUCCAGGCUUGUGAUACUCCAGAAGACCACCACAAGCAGGUAGGCAAUGCUACGUGGAUCACGUUCCGGCAAUCUUGCCUUCUCCCCAUCCCUUCCUCUUCACUCCAAGU